AGCCUAGAUAUAUUUCCUGGUUUAAUAUUACAUUUAUAAAUAUUCCACAAAGUGGUACGAAGUGUUUAUUAAACAUCGCGAUACUGUAUCUUUUUUGGACGAAAAAAAAUACUAAAAUUUCCACCUAUACGUAUUAUCCCUUCCCCUUCUAUGUCAUUUUCUUCCGAAAUAUCACAGGGUCACUUUGAUAUUUGUGCGGGUCAAUUUUUGUUAUUUUUUCAAAGAAUAAUAAGUCUAGUGAUCGGUGUAUAUGUGUUGUCUGUGACUGUUUUCUAAUAAAAUAAAUAAAACAUUUUAAGGAGAUAUAUAAAACAACGCUUAAAAAUUGUUUAUAUAUUUACAGUACUUGUAUUAUGGAAUAUAUAUUAGUGGAAGUCGUAUAUGGUGGGUGUUGAAGGCCCAAAUAUUUGUUAUAAAUAUUGCAAAUUGUAUUUUUUGAAUAUACUCGAGCAACUAUAAGAAGCAGAAAGAAGGUUCUAAAUUACCAAAUUUACCGCAAUUUAUUGAGAGACUUGUAACGCAAACAAUUUUUGAGUAUUCUCAAACAGAGCAGACAACUUAUACAUAUCAGUGUGGUGGAUCAGUCUUUUGACAUACCGUCCCCUUUCCAUCGUAUCACAAGGCCGAAUUGUAACACUCCUCCCUCUGCAUACAACCGCCAUCGUCGCUGGAAUAUACACGAAACAGCAGCUUUUCAGCGCUAUGCCUUCCUGAACACUAUGGUACAUUCGUCAGUUACUUACCAGCAGGGCUGGCAACCCUAUCCUUACAAUCAGUCAUCCAGGGAAUCAGUAGGUGGUAUACCAAAGUCGCCAUCUUUCCAUAGCGGCCUCGACUUGUUAGUAGCUUCUGCCAGUGUAGAUUCGCUACGAGCUCAAACUUUAGACGAUCUACAAAACAUGGCAGACUCGCCAGGAUUCGAUCAGAACUCCUUAACCACAAAGGAUUUUUAUGGCUUUAAUGGAACCGAUCUAGUGUCGACAUCCGAAUCAUCAAUGAACGGUUUUGAUCGUACUAUCAUUACAAUCACAGGAUUAAGAACUGCAAGUGCGGAAAGACCUGCUCCUAUUAAACAAUUGCCACUGCUAAAAGAUGCUGUUUCAUCUGAACGCGAGGAUCUAUUCAUCCAAAAAUUGAGACAGUGUUGUGUUCUCUUCGAUUUUGCCUCGGACCCCUUGUCAGACCUAAAAUGGAAAGAAAUAAAACGGACAGCUUUAACCGAGAUGGUGGAGUUUGUGACCCAAAAUAAGGGCGUCAUUACCGAAAAUGUGUACCCCGAAGCCGUUAAUAUGUUUGCCGUGAACCUUUUUCGAACGUUACCGCCCUCGUCCAACCCCAACGGAGCGGAAUUUGAUCCUGAAGAAGACGAGCCCACUCUGGAAGCCGCCUGGCCCCACCUACAACUCGUCUACGAGCUGUUCUUACGCGUCUUAGAAGCCCCGGACUUCCAAGCCAACAUAGCCAAACGGUACAUCGAUCAAAAGUUUGUACUUCAACUUCUAGAUCUGUUCGAUUCCGAAGACCCUCGCGAAAGGGAUCUCUUGAAAACGACCCUGCAUCGGAUAUACGGAAAGUUUCUAGGUUUGAGAGCGUUUAUCAGGAAGCAAAUUAACAACGUAUUCUAUAGGUUUAUUUAUGAGACGGAACACCAUAACGGCAUAGCUGAACUAUUAGAAAUUUUAGGGUCGAUAAUCAACGGUUUUGCCCUGCCCCUUAAAGAAGAACAUAAAGUGUUUUUGUUGCGCGUCUUAAUGCCCCUUCACAAAGUUAAAUCUCUAUCUGUAUAUCACCCUCAAUUGGCCUAUUGCGUAGUCCAGUUUUUAGAGAAAGACCCAUCGCUAACUGAACCUGUUAUAAGGAGUUUAUUAAAGUAUUGGCCCAAAACUCACAGCCCCAAAGAGGUUAUGUUCUUGAACGAACUUGAGGAGAUUUUGGACGUGAUCGAAGCUGUUGAAUUUCAAAAAAUUAUGGUACCAUUGUUUCGUCAGCUAGCCAAGUGCGUUAGUUCUCCACACUUCCAAGUCGCCGAGAGGGCUUUAUAUUACUGGAAUAACGAAUAUGUGAUGUCGUUGGUGGCAGAGAAUGCCACGGAAAUACUGCCUUUAAUGUUCCCCAGCUUGUACAAGAACUCGAAAACUCACUGGAACAAAACGAUUCACGGUUUGAUUUACAAUGCUUUGAAACUUUUUAUGGAAAUGAAUCAGAAAUUAUUCGACGAAUGCAGUCAACAAUAUCGACAGGAACGUCAAAGAGAAAAAGAACGACAAAAUCAGAGAUUAGAACUGUGGGGUCGCGUUGAAUCUCUCGCUAUGUGCCAGUCGGAGUACGACGUUAUCAGGCAGAAGAACAUAGGAGAUUGCAACAAUGUGAUCACCAGUCCCGAAGUCGAAGAUGACGUUAAUCUAGACAAUUUGGAACAAGAGGCGCUAGAGGUCAAAAAGCAUCGCAACAGUACCAAACCUUUGGUACGUCGCAAAUCGGAACUGCCUCAGGACCAGUGUACCAUCAAAGCCCUGAACGACCACAAGAGGGCUGACGAGUACCUCGCCACCCCGCCGGACGUCAACAAGUGCUAGUCAUACAUUAAUUUUAGCGAGCUUAGUGCCAAUUAUGAUCACCAAAAAAUUCUGUUAUAGCCCUCUUAUUCGACGGUCGUUGUCGCCAGUUCCGAGCUUAGAAACGAUAUACGGUUCGAUCGUGUCGCUAAACGCGUAAGUGUAUUUUACUCUUUGGUCGCUUUUUUAGACAGUGACUGGGAAAUCAUUCACGGCAAUUUUAAAGUUAUUAUUAUUGAGAUAUUAAAAAAAGUGGCAUAAAUUAUCAAUUAAACAUCUCAAAUAGCCAAAAAGGAAUCUUACAACAACCUGUCUUACUGGUAAAUUAAAAAUAAGUUCUCUUUAAACGUGUAAAAAGUGGGAUUAUAUGAUCACAACAAAUUAAAGGUCUUAUUGAUAUAUUAUUGGACUAUUGAUAUAUUAUAUAUUGAAAUAAAUUAUAAAUUCAGAGUCUCACAUAACAAUAAAAUAAUCUUGACAUGUCAUAAUAUAAUGAUAACGGACAGAAUUCUUGAAAGCUAAAUUCUUGUAUGUUUUGUUUAUUUUUUGUGCAUUUUUGACACUUCUAGUUUUUUUUUUAUUAUGUAAAUAAAUAAGUUCAAAUUGCUCAAUAUACAUCAAAUAUCUUUCACAAAUUUUUCCGAACCGUUUUACACAAUUCUUCUCAAAUUGUGCCUUAAUAUUAUGGGGAUAAUAUACAGGGUGUUCCAAAACAAGUGCGAGAAACAUAGGGGUAAAAAUAAAAGGUUUCUUAUAUAAAAAUGUUGAGUCAAAAGACAACAAUUAGAGAGAUAUUACGGUAUUAUGAUAGCACACUAUCUGCAUAAAUAAGUAAGUACAAGUGGCGAAAUACCCACAGGACUUUUUUGAAGAGAUGAAUCUGUCACUAUAGAGGUAUAGACAUUUUUUACUAUGUGCAUAUUAAUAUUUUAAAGAACGGUUUUUUUUUUCAAUUUGUGCAUUAAUACAUAUAAAUUAGCUUAAAACAUGUUUUUUAAUUAGAUAUUUACAAUAUAAUGUCUGAAUAAAUAUGCAGAUAGGGUAUUUUCAUAGUAGUAACGCUCACAUAAAAUUUAAUUAUUCUAUUGCUUUUCGAUUUUAGGAUAAGAGGGAAAAAUAUUUUUCCGCCUUUUUUGUACUGCAGUAUCUCCCUAAUGUAUUUGACCCAAUGGGCGCAUUCAGUAAACACACUGGUAUUAACCGGUAAAGACCUACCGAUAACUUUUCAUUGAACGAUUAAAUUACCGGUACGUAAAUAAACCGGAAACAAAAUACGUUAGGCUCUCAAGUGAUCGGUGACCACAACCGGUGAGUUACCAUUGGCAUGCACUUUAAAUUUUCUGCACCGGUGGAGUAACCGUGUGUUUACUGAAUGUGCCUAAUGUUAUCCAUAACAAAGUGACGUCUGUUUAACGAGUCAGACACAACCGUCACUGUCAUGUGUCUUUUCGUUAGACAGACUGUGCCCCUUAUUUUUAACUGUUUAUUUUAAGGAGUCACCCCUUAAAGUUUUCCGCAUAUUUUUGAAACGCUCUGUAGAAAAGAUAGAUAAAUAAGAUAAAUAAUGUGAAAUAAAUGAUACCCAGUCAAAUAACCCAAAAAUAAUCUUGAAUUAUGUGGCGACCUGUCAUUCUGACAUUUGUAGAAAAUACUCUAAAUUUUGAGAAUAAAAAAUAGUUCAGAAAAUAUAUAACAGCUGUCAUAAAAAAAUUAUAUGACACUGUCAUAUUUUUUGGUGGAUAGACUAUAGACUAGCGUUACAUUAUUUUGAUAUCUCAGUAAUAUAAAAAAGUUCUUUUUGAUGCAAAUGUUUUUGUUGUUGUUUGUAUUUGAAAAGAUUAAUUUUGUUAUAACGUGUUACUUAGAUCCAUCAAUUUAACCGUAUAUUCUUUGAUAGUGCCUAAUGAAAUUUGAGAUUCGUUUUUUAUACGUAAGCUAGGUUAGGGUAAGGUUCUUCUGCCGGAAUUCUUCGCGACCGUUGAAUAAAAAUAAUACCACUACGGUAUUUUACUUUGACUUUUUCAUUGGAGUUAUACAGGUAUUUGGGAAUAAACGUUUGUUAAGAUUUAAAAAAAUAUAUCCAUGAUUCCAUAACAUUUAACAAUGACCCUGAAAAUACUUAACAAAAAUCAGUUAAUACUGAAUAAGAAGGAAACUUUAUCAUAAAAUAUUAUAUAUUAAAUGUUCUACUGUACUGUUUAAAAAAAAUAUUAAAUUUUUUCUGGAAGUCGCUGUUCAACUAACAAUGUUGCCGAGUACAAAUUUAAUAUCUCUCUAGAUUUAAAAGCAGUUUUAUCAUAAAAAAUCGUUGUUUAGGGGAAGAAGUGGUCAUAGCUCAACAAAAAAAUAUUUUUUUAUUCUUUUUAUAUCGAUAUUAUUUUUAUAUACAUAAAUAAUAUUGGCUAAUUAUAUUGCGGUUUAUUUCAUAUUGAGCCAAAAAGAGUCUUACUACUAACAGUGUACAUGAGAUAUUUUUAAUCAAAAGUAGGUUAAGGGUUAGUUGUAACUGAUAGGUGUAUCACUAGAAUAAAGUCAAAUAUGCUUCUCUAGACUAAUAAAGUUCUAAUCUUCUUUAAAACUUAAAAGUUCGAAAGAAAUAACUGUUCUGAUGUGGAAUUUUAAAUUAACCUAAAUUAAUUAACUCGAAUUUUUAUGAUUAUUUACAGACAGAAGACAUAUUUCGAUAAUUUUUGGCUCAAUAACUUUCUCUUUGAACAAAUCUGAAAGAAUAGGUCGGUUUUAUAGGAUACAUAAUUUUUCAAGUUAAUAUUUAAACAAAAUAGUUUCUAUUAUAAUAGCUUACAUUGAUCUGUAACUUAACUGGAAAAUAAGUACUAUCAAUAGUAUAAAAAUAGUUUCAUAGGAUGGUGUGUUACAGAUUCUAAACUAAAUUACACAUAUGGCACUUUAGUACAUUUAUAGUAUAUUGUCUUAAUAAAAAAGCAGUGUUGAAAAUUUUAUUUUUUAUAUAUCUUUUUUAAUUCGAUGUAUAUUUUGAGUAUUAAUUUAUGUGAAAAAACUCGUAUUUUUAACAAUAUCUGAGAAGCUGUAAAAUGGUCAUUAGAAACGUCGUUGCUUUAAAUGUUUCAAAUGGACUUUUAAAAGAAAAUAGGUCUAAUAAAUCUAUUACGUGGGAGUACAUUCAAUAAUUAGCUUUUAAGGAGUUCGCGUUAUAUCGUAAGAUCUAAAAAAAACAUUAAAUCUGUAUAGUAUCGUUAAGAAGUUCAUAGUGUAUUAGACAGUAUUUUUUUAAUGUACAGCUUUUGCUUUAUGAUGAAUAUAUCUAUUGAAUAUAAA